AAUGCCCGUCAUCAAAGUGCAAACAAAUGUCAAAAAAGUAUCCGAUGGGUUCGAGGUCCGACUUGCAAUUCAUAUGGCGAAAGUGAUGAAACGUCCUGAAAGCCAGAUAUUCGUCUCGCUCGACAUGAAUUCUCGAAUGACGCGAGGACAAUUGACUGAUCCCUUAGCUGUUUUAGAUGUCACAUCAUCCACAGUUCUUACUCCGAUUCUCACCGAAGAAUACACGGUUGCUCUCUGUGAAUUCUUCUCGCAGGAGCUGGCUCUAGAUUCUGACGCAGUCCUCAUUAAUUAUCGAUCGCUAAGCCCGGAACUUAUCGGAUUCAAUGGACAUAUUCUUACCGAAAAUCGACCAUUCAUCUCUACAGAUCGUGCUCGCUUCAUUAUUGGAGUUCUAGGCAUUGCGUUUCUUGCAUUCCUCCUUCAAUUCCUCAAAUAUAUCUGAACACUCAAUUCCAUAAUUGCAUUCCCUCAAUUCAAUUCACUUUUCAAAAAUUUUAACCCAAACGGUAACUCAUUUGUAAAUAAUUGUAAAAUCAUAAUAAAAGUUUAUCAAAAC